AUGUCACGCUCGCAAAAGCGUAAAAGGGUCGAUGUGACCUUACCCGGGGAUGACGAAAGCGUGAGGAAUGUGACUCCCGUCUCAAUGGAGACGGAAGACAUCUCCGAAGAGGUGCAGCGACGCUUGAAGAUCAAGGAAGAACAGAAGAAACGGAAAGCGAACCCGGAAAAAAGAAAACGGGACAGUCUUGCGUCGAAUGGAAGCGCCUCGUCUCCUGGGAGUACCUCCAAACCUAAGAAGAAAGCCAAGCUUACCAAAGGGCGUGCUGGUGAUGAGGAAACUUUGGGUGCAGCAGGCAACAGCACCAUCAGGACACGGCGUUUCGAUGGCAUUUCAGAUCCAGAUGCGACUACGGCAGCUCUGCGCGGGACGAAGAGGCAGAAGCAAAAGUCAGACUUUAAUACUAACUAG